AUGCUUCAGAUGAAGGAGAUGCUGUCUAAAUAUGGACUCUCAGCCUUCAGUGUUUCAAUUUUCCAUCAUGCUGUUGUCCUGCUUCUCCUGCCGGACUGCUGUGGAGGUCAGUCUCAGGUAGUCGGUCCACCUCAGCCAGUAACGGCAACAGUUGGUGAUGACGUCAUGUUGCCAUGCAUUCUGAAGCCAGCUACAGAUGCUGUUGGUAUAACUUUGGAGUGGGCGAGACCUGACCUGAAGCCCAGGUUUGUCCAUGUGUGGCAUAAAGGUCAAGACUUCCAGGUUAAUCAACAUCCAUCCUACAAAGGGAGAACAUCACUGUCCAUCGAGAGACUGAAACAUGGAGACGUUUCAUUAAACCUCUCCAAAGUGAAACUCUCUGACAAUGGAAAAUACAGAUGCUACCUUCCAGAUUUGAAGAAAGACUCUUUUGUUGAGCUUGUCGUAGGGACUUCCUCCUCUCCUGCCAUCAGCUUAGCGGGGAUCGACACAUCUGUCAUGAUGUUACGAUGUGAGUCUAAAGGCUGGUAUCCAGAGCCUGAGGUGAUCUGGCUGGACGGUGAGGGAAACCUCCUCUCUGCUGAACCUACAGAGACAAUCAGAGCUCCUGAUGAUCUCUAUACUGUCAGCAGCAGAGUGACUGUGGAGACGAGAAACAGCAACAUCACCUGUAGAAUCCAGAACAACAUCAACCAGACCAGAGAUACACACUUCAUUGUUUCAGGUAGAAAUUAUAACUAA